AUGGAAGGACACACCAUCAGAGGAGGAGGAGGAACCCGGAACAUGGAUUUUGGUUCAUUUAGAAGACUGGUUACGAGUCUUUAUCUCUCUCCUGGUUGGUCAGAGCCUAUAUCCAAGGUGGCGAUCCAGACAGACAUCAAGCUAUUGGCCAACCGCUCCUGUACAGUACGGCUGGUGUGCAACGUGUCCUGCUACCCCAACAUUACCUACACCUGGGAGAGAGACAAUGAGAUCUACGGGGACGCCCAGCAGAUUUACUUCUCUCUCUCACCAGCAGAGGUCGACAUCAGUGUAAAGUGCAACGCCUCCAACCUGGUCAGUUGGAAAACUGCCUCUGCAACAGUAAAGUGCAGUAAUGACACAACCACCCCAGAAUAUGUGACAGGACUGGUGUGGUAUACCAUCUACAUCGGAGUAUCAGUGGGAGGCGCUGUGGUGCUGAUCCUCACUGUAGCUGUGGCAGUGUGCUACUGCAGGGGCCGAAGUAACACAGAAGAUCUAACUGACAACACAAUAUAUGCUGAUGUUAUGGACAACACAAGAAGUAGAGAUACAAGAUCAAACAGUCAGGUAAACCCAAUAUCCAUCUAUGAAACUGUCAAUGAUCUGGUUAUCCCAAGAUUGAACAAGCCACAUACUCUGUAUGACAAGAUUACAUUUGGACGCACAGAAGGCCCCCUCCUCUUCCUACCAGGAAGUACUGUGAGCUGAACAGGAUGAGGUCAUAGGCUGGGCCUUCCAUAGAUUCCUCUGCAUCUUACACGUGUAUAUUCUGUAGAUAGGCCUAGAUGUUACUGUUUAAUUUCAUCACAACCUACACUAUUUGCUUUAUUUCCUUCUCCCUUUGAUGAUUCUCAUAUAUACGGUAUAUCAUUCGGCCUUAUAUCUUUCUUUGAAGGCCUAGUUACAGUUAGAAGAUUCGGAAAUGUGUAAUAGGCAGUAGAAGGCGUGGUGAUCAGACAAGCUCAUAUAAAAAAAUUGUAUUUUCAAGAUUAAAGAAAAUUGUUUUAGAUACUAGUAUGACAUUGAUUAGUGAGGUUGAUGUACUCUUUUGCGUUAGGAUUAUGUGCUCGCCAGGCAUCAAUGAGGUUGUAAUCUGAGAGUAUAUGCUUUAGAGCAGGGGUGUCAAACUCAUUU